UAAAAAGUGCUUGUGUCUUACAUCAUACUGUUGUUGUAGCUAAAAUAUAAAUCAAAAAUGGACCCGGAUUCGUUUCUGUCAGAGCGUGAGAGUCAGUUUACACUCGCCAGCGUGCUUUUCGGGCUAAGCUUUCUGGGCUUGAUUCUUCUUGGUAUCUACUUUCUGUACAAGAUGUGUACGGACCAGUCUAAAUCUCAAAAUGCGAACCAGUCUGUGACGUCAGAUCGUAUGUUCAUGAAACCUGUCUAUGCGCACGAAAUAGAACCAGGCAUUGUUGUGUUGCAAAGCGAAAACGGUGAUUACUUCAAGAUCUUGAAGGAAUACGACAUGAAACAAGGAAAUCAGUACGGGUCGCUCUCCCAUUCAGCACCCGAAACCACGUCACAUAAUUUUAAUAUAGAAGCAUUUGGCGCAAAUGGUUUUCAAGCGAUUGAGCCAUAUAGAUCACGUGCUCUUUCUCAAGCAAGCGCUCCACCGAGAACGAGCAUAAUGGCGGAUGAGAACGAGGAACUGCUGUUCGAAAGGAAUCGUGCUGCUGGAUUCCGACCGGUACAGUUCAGUUACGGUGGUGACUCCAUGCCUCCUCCUUAUGGCGCACAUUAAAUCGAAAUUAACAAUUUAAAAAAGGAAUCGUGUGUAGUAAUGGACGCAAUAAUUCGAUUUAACUGAGUAAAAUAUCGGCCGCGUCUUUCGGAAAUUGGUCCUAUUCAAUAUGCAAUCAGCUUAGCUCCAGACAAACAUGCUCUUCCGCACAGAAGAUACCCUGUCCGCUAAUGAGACACUAAACAGUGCUCCAGUUUAUAGCGGGAAGGGUAGCUCCUUACCAAACUGCGUGAACGUGAACGAUGGUCAUCGGCUACAAAUUCCGCAUAUGGCAUAAACCCAUUUUCGCCUUAUUCGGCUCAAUUAUCAACUUUUGUAACCAAUAUGCAUACACUACUGAACAUGGUCAGACCAUGGCGGUUCAAAUAAUAUAAUGUGGUAUACCUGAUUAAAAAAAAUACAUUUUAACAUUUUAAACAGUCUUUGCAGUCUAUAAGUCAAACAAUCUGAUUAACAAAUGGAAGUAUAAAAUUGUGUUAAAGGCACAUACAAGAAUUAAUUAAAACUGUACUAUUACGUCGAAAUCUCAACAUUCAUAAAAUACCGAACAAAACAAGAUGAUGACCUUGACCUUGACCUUUCACCACUCAAAAUGUGCAGCUCCAUGAGAUACACAUGCAUGCCAAAUAUCAAGUUGCUAUCUUCAAUAUUGCAAAAGUAUUCAUAAAAUGAGCGAUUUUGGCCACAUAUAUUUGACCUCUGACCUUGAAGGAUGACCUUGACCUUGACCUUUCACCACUCAAAAUGUGCAGCUUCAUGAGAUACACAUGCAUGCUAAAUAUGAAGUUGCUAUCUUCAAUAAAGCAAAAGUUAUUGCAAAAUGUUAACGUUGGCGCAAACAGACAGACAGACAGACCAACAGACCAACAGACCAACAGACAGGGCAAAAACAAUAUGUCCCCCACUACUAUAGUGGGGGACAUAAAAAUAGAUUUCAUUAAAUAAUUGAUAACUUUCUUGAGUUGAUUUUACUGGCAGAGA